AUGGACGAGUCUGGCCUGCUACCGCACCAAACGCUCACCAUCUUCGAAACAGCAUGCCAUAAAGCAAACCUCUCGUUGCUGCCGACCUACCUCCCUGGGAUCUUGGUAACCUUUUCGGCGUACCACCUGAUCUACCUAUCGAUCGGACCGCGGUUGUCGACGCUAUUCUUUCCAAAGGUAUACCCCAACCUGCGCGGUAGGAAGAAACUGGACUGGGACGAGAACGUCGUGUCUCUCACCCAAGCCAUUGUGAUAUGUGGUUUCGCGAGUCAAGUCGUCCUGUUCGACGUGGACAGACAGCGGAUGAAUUGGCAGGAGCGGGUCUGGGGCUAUACCGAGCCCGCCGCGGUUGUCCUCACGGUGGCCAACGGCUAUUUCUACUGGCACUUGAUCAUGAUGGUUCGGCAUCGAGACGUCUUUGGCUGGCCGAUGGUUGCUCACGCCGUGGCUGUGACAUUCCUCAUGACCAAUGGCUAUAGACCGGCGUUCAUGGCUUAUUCACCGCCGUCCUUCUUGUACGAAUACUCCACUAUCUUCCUAGACAUCCAGUCGACUUUGCGGUCUCUGGAAAUGGAGGGCACGGCGAUCCAGAUUGCCAACGGGAUCGCGCUCUUUGCUUCCUUCUUCCUCUUGAGGGUCGUCUACGCCACGUACCUCCAGGCGUGGUUCUACAUGGACCUCUGGUCGGCGUGGAUGGCAAGCGAGGACGAUAUCCCCGCGGGUUCGGCGAGGAUUCCGGCUUGGUUGCUGGCAAGCCACGCCCUGGCGGCGGUGACGCUCCAGCUGUUGAAUUACAUGUGGUUCUACAAGAUCAGCAGGGCUGUUCACCGCAAGUUCUUUGCAGGCAAAGUGGCAGGGCACUGA